AUGGUUAAUAUCCCAAAGACCAGAAAGACUUUCUGCAAGAGUUCGAAGUGCAAAAAGCACACCCUGCAUAAGGUUUCUCAGUAUAAAGCUGGCAAGGCCAGUUUGUAUGCUCAGGGUAAACGGAGAUACGACCGAAAACAGUCGGGCUACGGUGGUCAGACGAAGCCUAUCUUCCGAAAGAAGGCGAAGACCACAAAGAAGAUUGUUCUUCGGUUGGAAUGCACCGAGUGUAAAUACAAGCAACAGCUGAAGAUCAAACGCUGUAAGCACUUCGAGCUUGGGGGUGACAAGAAGAAGAAGGGCCAGAUGAUUCAGUUCUAA